UCAAAAAGACAGAGAAUUUGAUUUAACAAGAUGAGUCAGAGUCACUGUCAAAGACGAAGGUUGAAUUUGAAUAGAAUAGCUGAGUCGUCAGGGGACGAUUCAGCCAUUCAUAAUGAGAUAAUUCUUCGUUUGGUUUUUGAUUCUAUGAAGUGGGAUGUUCGUUCCUUAUGUCAAACGGCGUCGGUUAAUCGAAAUCUACGAGCAUUAGCGAAAAGGUUAUUGUGGAAGGAGAUGUGUAUUUAUCGCGCACCGCGCAUGAUAGCGUCGUUAAUGGAGGGUGCGCCGAAUGGUCGGAUCGGAGGGGAAUGGGAAGCUAUGGCGAAAUUGUUGUUUUACUGCUGCGGGUGUAAUCCGACCCGACAUUUUCGAACGGGUCAAUCAUAUCCGGGUCAUUUCAUGAAAUCUUCUCGAUUUUCGAAGACGUCGGGUCGGAGUUUCUUAAUGAGGAGAUGUAGAACGGAUUUAUUGUACGUUAGUGAUCCGUGUGAGCACGAAAUCAGCGAUAGGAGUGAUGAUUUAGGGGUUUUCAGAGGGGUAUUUGGGGGAUUUAUGAGAUCGAAGACGAGGGCGUGUUUGAUUACGAAAGAAUUGGAGGUUGAAGAAGGAGUGAGGUGUCCGUUUUGCGGGGGUAGGGUUUGGAGUAUGACGGCUGCUAGGCUUAUACCAAAGAGCGCAGCGCGGAGGCUGGGUACCAUAGAAAACGGGUUGGAGUAUUUUGUGUGUGUUAAUGGGCAUUUACAUGGAAGUUGUUGGCUUGUGCAUUUAUCCUCAGAUGAAGACGAAAAUAAUGAUGAUGAUGAAGAAGAAGAUCGCGAGGAUGAUAGAAAUCAGAUUGGCAGUAAUGAAUAGGUGGGGCCUAUGUAAUGGCGAUCAUUGAUCGUCAUAAAUUCCGUCCCGUCCCUGAAGAUGAGAGUCAGGGACAGGAAGGAAGAAACAGAGUGAUAUGGAUUUACUUUAACUGAUGUUUGGUUUGUUUUGAAAAUUUUGAGAAGAGUUUCAGAAAGUUCUUUUUUUGUAGAAACAUUUCUCAACAAACCAAACACCAAGAGAGGAACAGCUGAUUGUACCAAAGAGUAAACAAUUAAAUCGGUGAAACUUAUUCGGUGUUCACGCUAAUUCAAUACAUGCACGUCACGUUUAAAUUUAUAGUUUAUUUUACUCAAUUUUUAUUAACAUGUGUUUUAAUUCACCAAAGCACAUGAUAAUAAAUUUUGGUGUAAACACCCUACUCGGAUAAGUUUUUUUCUUCGAUUGAAUUAAUGGAUUUUUGCUUU